GAGCAGACAUGUCGGUUCCACAAGUGCUACUUGAGACUGUGGACAAUUUUAUCAAAAAUGACUUAAAAAAGUUGAAGUGGAUCAAACCGAUUCAUCGAGAAUUGAUCGACACCUACGGCGACGAAAUGGCUGUGAACGUCACUGCUGAGGUUCUGAAGAAAUUGGGCAAAAAUAACGAUGCAAAGAAGUUGAAGAACAGUUACGCAGCAGGGGGAAACACAGCUGCACCCUCCACAUCUGCUGCAGCACCUCCUGCUGCUCCCGUAGCACCUCCUGCUGCUCCUGCACCACCUCCUGCUGCUCCCGUAGCACCUCCUGUUGCUCAUGUAGCAACUCCUGCUGCUCCCGUAGCAACUCCUGCUGCUCAUGUAGCAACUCCUGCUGCUCAUGUAGCACCUCCUGCUGCUCCCGUAGCACCUCCUGCUGCUCCCGUAGCAAUGAUGGCUCAGGAAAGAAGUAUCAUCAUCGCCCCGACAGUCACAGGUGGCACCUCUGGGACAUGGAAUAUAACCAUCAAUAAAUAGACUCAUGAAACACAUCCAGAUCGAGAUAAGGGAAUACACACUUGUUUAUUUUUAUUAUUUUUGCCCAGAUUGGCAUUUAAUGCCGGCUGUAUUGUUCUUAGUGCAGUUCGAUACACACACACACACACACACACACAUACCGAGGGGCUCCACGGACAUACAGGGGACUUCCAUAUUAGGAGGUACAUUACUGCGGCCAUGUCAUGAAGUGCACUCUGCACGUGUGCAUCUGGGGACGAGGUGGUUAAUGUCGUCGGCAUAGCUGACGCCAGAACAGCUGUAUGGUACAAAACUAUAAAACAUCAUGAAAUGUUUAUCUCAUGUGCACCUGCAUUGGAGCCUCUCUAUAGACCAAAAUAGAAGCGCUCCGUCAAAAUGUAUAAUUCUCAAUUAUCCAUCAGUUAUAGUUCCGGGUCCAGAUAAAACAGCGUCUGACCGCGGCCCGCCUAUUAGUGACCCCUGCUAUAGACUCUACCAGAUGAAGUAUUCUGUAUGAAAUGUGCUCGCUUAGACGGCCCCUACAUCAUGCUAUGUACACGGGGGUCGCUCACACACAUACAGCUCCAUACUAAUAUACACACACACACACCUACACACACACACAAGCAAACAUUUUUGUUCAUUUUUACUCUUAUGUUAAUUUACUGUAAUCAUGUAUUGCUUAGGAAUGUGACCUCGAGAGACGGUAGAGCCGACAAACUUGCUGAAGAGUACAUAUAUUUUAAAGAUGACUCUGUUAUUUACCCUGCGUGGCAAAAAUGUAUGAAGUUACACGUACUUAGAUUUCUAAUCAUAUUUCUAAGAUUUGUUGUGACAUCAUUUAUCAUUGUUCCAUUGUUGUAAAUCAUGUAUCCAUGUAGCCCGAUGAGAACAUGAGGGGGGGGGUACACAACUAGCCUCUAAGUAGAGAACAUCUGAAACUAUUGCUUGAGAGUUCAUGGAGCAGAGCUACUCAGUUGUCUGACCCUCGGAACUGGUAGAAUCUACGCUUUGAUUGGCCAGUCUGCGUUCGAGGGGCGGGGCUUAGUGAAGAGUCUAUUACGUGUGUAAAAUGGGCACCUUUGCAUUGUCAUGUCAUUGUUUCAUCACCAGCAAACACUUGUGGGUGCCCACAGCAUGUGUAAAAGUUGUAAUCCUUAAGAGGAGCAGCUGAUUCCUUAGUCAAUGAAAAGUUAGAGACAAAUACAGAGAGACUACCUUGAAUUGAUUUUGCUGAAAAAAUGCGGACCAUGAAUACUAUCAAAAAUGUGUAUUGAUAUAAUAAAUACCGUCAACAUUAAGACUGAAGCGGUAGCCAGUAUUCUCUAUGUCCCAACACGUUUUAAAGUGUUGAUCCUGAGAUUUAAGUACAGCUCCAUCACGUCUGCAGGUACUUGUCAUCUCCACCUGGUGUCAGCAGUUGUGUUACGAAAAUAACCCCGAUUGAUCAGGUGAUUGCUUGAUUCAAUAUUAUUGGAAUUUAAUAAACUCUGUUAUUUAAAAA